CAAUUUUCUAAAGAUUUCUUGAAAUCUUUGGUGGUUGUGUUAUGUCAUCUGUUUGCCCGCCGUAAACUGCAUAAAAUGUUGUUACGUCGUCACCAUAGUACAUCCAAAGUUGUUCUCGACAAUUUACCCGCCAUGUUUGAAGCUGGUCUUGCGGAGUACAACAAGAAAGUUCAUGACGUAUUUGAUCUAUAUCUCCGCACAGUGGCUGCUCAUGUGUACGACACUUUGGGAGAAGAUGUGACGUUACCAUUAUCUUCCACCAAAUCAAUUUCAUCAGAGAAUUAUCAAUUCAAUUCACCAGCAGUGACAUUGGAUGAUAAACUUCAAUCCGGUGCUCAGCCGUAUAAAGCAUGUUCAGCUUUUGCAGCAUUAUCUGGCAAUACUGAUAAUCGACUGUAUAGUUCUCAGGAUCUUAUUUCAAAUAUUCGUUAUCAGGUAAUAUAUGACUCGGAAAACUGUAGAUGGGUAGGGAUUCAACUACGUAAAAAAUACAAAUUCGACGUUUCAAAGGAAGUCCCUUAAUUCGUCGGGAAGUUAGUAGCGAAGGCCCUUCGCUCGAAACGUCGAAGUUUUACUGUGGUGUUUUUGUCGCUACCUGCGCUGGCACAGAACGCUCGAACGUAUGACUUUAACCUUCUACUAGAAAUCGGAUGCGUUGAUGGCCCGUGCUGUACCACAUGCGCUUUGUUAGAGCAAGUUGCAUGUAUAUCAAUACGAAAGUCAUCAAUACGCGUGUCUAGAUGUGUACCAGCUGCACUGAUGACUGCAGAUUGUACUACAGGGUGUCCCCAAAAAAGUCCCUUUUGUUGUUAAACGUUAUACCUCUGGGAAUUUAAAAUAGCUUCUAAAACGAACAGCAACACAAAAUGUCAAAUUACAAAUUCGUCUUACCGUCAGUUCGAGUAAGAAUGGUUCUACUAACUACAGAACAACGUGUAUUUGGCGCACAGAAUAAAGAUCCAUACAGAAGGGCCACUUACGUCGGAAGCUUUGAAGUUUCUGUCCUCGCGCAUGUCGCAUUAUGCAUGUUGGCCGCCAUUUUCCUAGCCAGUCAAUGACAUUUCCGGCCAAUAAACACGCUGUACUGGCUGGCUGCUCCGUCUUCUGGCCAGUAAACGGCAUAUUUUUGCAUAAAAAAAGAGGACACGUUGCACCGCCGAGUGGCCGUUCUGUUACUGAUCUUCAUUCUGUGAUUUGGCGAACAACUUAUACAGUAAAUACUUCCGGAAUUAAGAGAAGUUGUAACUGCUUCCACAGUACAUGUACAAUUAAAUUCCCAAAGGUAUAAUAACGCACAAGAGUGAUUUCUAAAGGGGGACUUUUUUGGGAGACACUCUGUAGCUACUGUAUAGAUCAUGCUAACGUGCAUGCAUAAACAAUCACAUAAUAAUAAACAUCGUGCAUCUCGCGCUUAAGCCUAGUUUCCAUUUGGUCGUUAGUUGUCGCUGGCACGACAAGCGGUAGAUGUGAAAUAGUCUAAUAUCAAUAGUCUUUUUGUGUGUUAUAUGCAAAUCAGUUUUAAUGAUUGCAGAGUUUUAUAAAGUUUUGUUGAACUCUAUUACAUCAGCCACUUGUCGCGCCAGCGACAACUAACGACCAAAUGGAAACUAGGCUUUAGAGGUCGACUGGUCGAAGGUUUUGACCUUCAAAAACAACCUUAAUUGAAUUAGCUGUAUAUAUGAUAUGAGUUUAUCAUAUAGGUUCUUGAUGAAUUGGCAUAGACCGUUAUUUGUGGUCAUAGUAAUCAAGUAAUUUCUAUAUUUGUUCAGGUAUACACAGAUGUUAAAGUGGUGCCAACUCUCGAAGUUGAUGUUGACCUCAAUGCUUACGCUUACGACUUCUUCAACCAUGGUAACUACAAAGCUUUAAUACAAGAAAACGGAUUAAUGCAAGGAGAUGCAUAUAAUUUACUGAAAGAUUUCAUGUUAGUUCUACAAUCAAUUUCUGUCUCGCUCACUGAGUUAGCUCCCAAGGAUGGUGAUGACGUCGUCGCAGCUUUCACACAGCUUGCCCAAGAAUUUCAGUCAAAUUUUGCCGAGGCUAACUUCAACCAUUAAAGCGUCAUGGUAUAGUGCAUGUAAUAUACAUUUCGAAUACUUUUGUACAAACAAAAGCAUUCUAUUUAGGGGCGGACCAUUUGAUUUUUGAGGGGGGGGGGGGGAAAUACAAUAUAAUUUAAAUGUAUUACCCCAACCCUCUAUUAACCCCCGGGGUUGCUUAUAUUUUUCAGGCACGCUUGAGAGAGGGGACUUAUUGGAGAAGGGGGGAGGCUUAAUGAUUUUACAAAAACGCAGCCAAUAAAAAAAAACGCAGCAAAUUAACGUGACAUUCAGCAUUAAUAAACUAUCAUUAAGCAUUCUAAUCAUUACACACCUGUUUCUUCCAUUCUUUGUUUGGAAAGAAGAGGUGGGUCUUAAUGAAGAGGUGGCUUAAUAACGUUUGCAUGAAUUCACUUGAUUGGCCAUGAACUUUGGGAAUAAUUGCCAUUUAGAGAGCGGGUUUAUUUCAGUGUGGAACUUAAAGAGGAUGUAUGGUAAACCGGUAUAGACCCCUUCGAUAAUUACGUCACAUAUCUUGUUUUGGUCUGGGAGCCUUGCUCUCAUGAAUUGUGAGCCAAUCACCAUUCAUCUUGAAACAUGAGAAUGAGGCUCUCAGGCCAAGAUGAGAUACGUGACGUAAUUAUCGAAAGGGUCUAUUGAAAACCUACAGGUCUUCAAACCAAUCCAUUAUGUCGGUCCAACAUCGUCCUAUACAUUGUAGAAUGCAACAUUGGGACUGUUUGAAAAUUAUGUUUGGUAAUGUUGAAAGGUGCUAAAUCAUGUUUGACAAUAGGGCCAUUUAUACGGAAUAAAAUAAGUCGCGACUUACAUAAGACGCGUCUUAUUUAAGCGGAAUUAUCGUAUAAUUGGUUCUUUAUGGCUCUAGUCUAAUUUACUUAUUUACUUGCUAUAGCUAUAAUGUUGUUUUGGUUGUUUUUAUUUUAAUAUGCAAGGCCAAUAAUUUUACGUUGUUUCAAGUUUUGGGCAUGUGUAGUUAGACUUUUUAUCCAAAAUAAUUUAUUUAAAACGCGACUUAAAUAAGAACAGCUAAAAAUCGUGUUCUUAUUUAAGUCGCGUCUUAUCCAAGACGCGUCUUACAUAAGAAUUUUGUACCUUUUAUACGACAAACUCGCGUCUUAUUUAAGUCGCGACUUAUUUUGUCUCGUAUAAAUGGCCCUAAUGUUGGCAGUGUUGGGCUUGUUUGAAUGGUUCGUAACGAAGCAACGAGUUAAUGAAAAUUCAAAACUUUGCCUGAAUUAAAAAGAUUUAAAUUGGCUGUGUAUUAUAACAAAAACGUAAUUUGUAUUCACCAUGACAAUUACCGAUUAUAGAAUAUAUAGGUAUCACUAAAGCUAGUAUACAUAUUUGAUGAAAACAAAUUUAAAAAAUUAGUUUAGACUUUAGUUUGUAUGAAGCACAGGGAGCCCAGGCAUUGAUCUGUGUUAGUGUUGUAUGUUUUCAGUUUAUUUAUUUUAGUGUCUUUAUAUUGCCUUUUAAAUUAAUUAUAACACUAAAUUACACUAAUAUGUCAUAUAAUAAUAAUACUCCUAUAGUCGAACAUAUAAUAACAACAUAUAAGUUGAUUUGUAUUUGUAUGUUUUUCAGUUUAUUUAUUUAAGAUCUAUUAUUUAAUAGCUUAUAUAAAAGCACCGCCUUUCGAACCUGACAGCCCGUUCGCAGGAUACACGCAGGAUUUGAAAUGGGGGGCACUUUGGGGCACUGAACUAUAUAUAGUUCACUGAUGGGGGGCGGCAACAAUAUAAACUAUUUCAGUGCGAAAUAACGCGUGUAUCCUGCGAACGGGCUGUCAGGUUCGAAAGGCGGUGCUUUUAUAUAAGCUAAUAAUAGAUCUUAAACAAAUCAACUUAUAUGUUGUUAUUAUAUGUUCGACUAUAGGAGUAUUAUUAUUAUAUGACAUGCAUAUUAGUGUAAUUUAGUGUUAUAAUUCAAUUAAAAUGCAAUAUAAAGACAUUAAAAUAAAUAAACUGAAAAACAUACAACACUAACACAGAUCAACGCUUGGGCUCCCUGUGUAUGAAGUACUUUUAUAAAUAAAAAAAUAAUAAAAACAUUACUAGUAUAUAAUAAGUAAAUAAAUUAAUCUAACUCGAUAUUGUACUUAACAGUUUUGUAAUAAUUUAUGUUUAAUUAAAUAAACGUUCACCCGAGAACGGAGGAAUUUGAGACGAUUUCUUCCUGCGCACGGGACACAUAAAACUGGACGAAUGUGAGCAGCAUGCUCUUGGCCUUCCACACGCGGGUUACACGUUGUCAUGAAUUUACCGUUGCAAAUUCCUCCGGCUUCGCGUGAAUUAGUCUCAUAAUAUAUAUAGAUCUAUAAUGACGCGAAAGAUUACUUUAUAGUUUAUACAAGUUUAUACUAUUGGUGGAUUUCACUGAGAACUAUCUUGCGGCAGUUUAAUUUCCAUCCAGGCUCAGUUCUGUCAGUGUAGUCCACAUUUCUGAAUGACUACACUCUACUGCCCUCAGAAAACACUUUCUGAAAACCACCAAUUCUUGAAUUGUAAUGUUCUGUAUAAGCCAAAAUACUAUUAAGAUUAUUAAUUAUUUUAUUAGAUUCACUUUGCUGAAAUUUCCCAGGGGUGAAGUUUAUGAUAUGCUCAUGCAUUGUAAAAAAAGAACUCGUUUCGAAGAUAUAACAAGUGCAAUAUGCCACGUUUUCCCCCAUAUGGCGCCAUCUUGACCCUUUUACGAGUUACAAGGAGUCAAGGACAACGCAAUUGCUCAAUUGGUAAUGAAUUUUUUU